AUGACCUCUCAGUCACCACAAAAGUACUCGAUUGCAGUUCCAAAGUAUAAGCGGGAUGUUCUGUUGCAUCCCUAUACGCAACACGCAAUACAGCUGUUCAAAUCGUAUUCUUUUCCUUCGAUUGAAACAGCUAUUCUUACGCCAGGUAUAUCUCCCUACCCAUCAUGGAUAGCAUCAGCAGCAUCUUGGGGAACAUUAUACUUGCUCACCUCGGCAUCAGGAACAUUUACUAAACCAAAAAUUGGUCCAGUCGCGAUAUACGCUACUGUUGCAACCACUACCAUUUCCUACUUGAUGGAAACAUUUGGAUUCAACGAUUAG